CGACGACUGCAACGUUGCCGUAGACACCAUGGCCGCAGACGACGAUACAAGUGGCUGGCAAUUGACCGAGUCUGACCCUGGUGUCUUUACGGAGUUGCUCAAAACCCUAGGCGUACCACUUGUCGUCGAUGACCUCUAUUCCCUCGAUGCGGCCACGCUCACAGAGUUCCAGCCCUUGCACGCGCUUAUCUUCCUCUUCAAAUGGGUAUCAACUGAAUCGGCCGAGCCUUCCGUCGGCGGGCAGUACGAUCCGGACUUUCCCGGUUUCUUUGCCCACCAGGUCGUCAACAACGCUUGCGCUACGCUAGCGGUGAUGAACGCCAUUGCGAAUAUUCCUGGACUCCAGAUGGGCGCCCAGCUUUCGGAGCUAUUCUCGUUUACGGCUGGCAUGGAUCCGCAGACUAGUGGCAUGGCCAUCACGAGUUCGGACUGGCUACGCGAAGCACACAAUGCCCUGUCGCCGCCGUCAGCGAUUUCGCUGGACGGCUUGGACCUCCCGAAGUCGACCGAAGAUGCAUACCACUUUAUUGUGUAUAUCCCUUAUGCGGGCUCUCUCUACGAGCUUGACGGCCUCAAACAAGCUCCUGUGAGCCACGGCGCUUACUCUGAAGCUGGCGAAGGCUGGGUUGCGAAGGCUAGGGAGGUUAUAGAAGCCCGCAUAGGGACUUAUCCCCCGGGCUCGCUUGAAUUCAGCCUUCUUGCUGUCCACGAUGACCCCUUACCCCGCCUCCAAGAGCAGCUUACCCAACUGCAGUCGGCUGGUCGGCAGGCAGAGGCCAGCGAAUUGAUGAUCAGACUUGCCAACGAAAACUCCAAGCGAGAGCGGUGGGCGUUUGAGAACAGCCUUCGGAGACACAACUAUCUAGGCUUCAUUCACGCACUUCUCCUCAGCAUGGCGAAGGCAGGCACCUUAGAUGGUGCUAAAGAAGGCGCGAAGAAGGCUCUACAAGAGCGAAUAGAAAGGAGGAGGAAGGGCGAGGCCAUGGACGAGGAUUAGUCGUACAUUGUUGCGUACAUUGCAUUUCUGUCUCAUACAAUGUCUUCGACAAUUUCCUCAGGGUGGCCACUCGGUGCUGGGCUCGAAC